GUUCCACUAACCAUCCAUCAAAUGAAACUUCUUAACACAAACAAAAACACGCAUUUUACUAUCGUACAUCUCCUUGACUUUCUAUCACUGUCAUAGUUAAUUUAUUCGAUAGUUUGUCGUUUACCACGAGUAGUAUAAGCGCAUCCAGCCAGGUGUGUGUUGUUGAACUAAUUACGCAUUUAGUUACUUGAAGGUCAUGAUGAACGAUUAGUACACAUCGACUAGUUAAGCGACUCAGAUUGUAAAUUGUUUUUGACGUUCAUUUGUCGGUCGUCGUGCUUUUGUGGUGUUUUAUUUUUGACGGGUUGAGCAAAGAGAAAGAUAGGAAGAGAUGGAAGAUGGAAGCAAGCCACCACAUUCCUGCAGCAAUGGGCAGCAGCGAAAUCACCACCCCAGACCUUUUUUCUACGUGCAGCCUCCAUCCCAACCUUACUACCUUUAUCAGCAUUGGCAGAUGAACAACCCCUUGAACCACUAUGGUGUGCCUGCAGGUUUUAAUUUCGGUCGCCCCUAUAUGGCUCCUUUUCAGUACGUGCCGUACGGUGGCUUAGUUUUCCCUCCUUCCCCAUUGUAUCCCAUGGAUUACCGGCGCACGUUUGAGCCUCGCUUCUACGCGCCCGCCUGGAAUGACGGCCCACGCCCACAGCAUCACCCUCAGCCUCAGAGCCGACGUGAGACUGUCUCCUCAGAGGUCCAGACGGACCCCAGUGACCCCCUCAGCAAGCUAAUGGAGUGCCUGAACAAGAUUCAAGUCACUGAGCUGCAGGGACCCGAGAAGGAACUGGACUCGGGGGUGGCGUCUCAUGCCUCAGGGAUGUUCUCUCCGGCUGAGGAGAAGAAAGGUGAAGAACAAGGCGAUGGAAGCCUUCUGCCAGCAGCGCUGGGUUCGACUACUUUGGAGUCUCCGGCUGUUGUGUUCAGAGACUCCACCACAGCCGUGUAUGAUGCCGAAUCGAGCCACAGGAGCUUGGACGCCCUGAGCCCUCAGGCGUGCUGGUCCGGAACGGUGGAAGUGGAUUUGCCUCUUGAUAGCUCCUCCAUCCAUGAGGAUGGUCCAGAUCCUGAGCAUCCACCACCAGUGGACUCUUUUCUCUUUCACGAUAAAUCUGAUGUCACAGAUAUCCAGUCAGAUAUUCCCGUGGCCAAAGGCACAAGUCCGAAAUUUGUUGCCGACGAUAUCGUGAGUGUAGAUUCCUUGAAGUCCUGGACCCCGUCGUCCAUCAGGCACAAGGACAGAAAGAGUGUUUGCAAAGCCUUGAGCGAAGUCGAUCCCGAUUACCAGAUUCUCCAGCUGCCUUUGGAAGGUGUUCUUGGCUCAGCAGGAUCACGUCUCUCAUCCCCGUCCACCCCCUACUACUACCCCCGCCUCUCAAUGCAGACCACCCACGAACGCAUGAGUGUCUUAAGCCCGUCCCUGGAUGAACUCUCCUCCCGAGAUGAGAUGUUCUCCACUGACCUAGAUGACAUGAAUCUCUUCCCCAGGCAGGCUUACUCUGGUAGAAAAUUGGCAGAAGUAGUAGGCGGUGACGAAAUGGUGGAUGAUUCAUGGCUUUUUGCCUCCAAUAAGGUGUUAUGCGCCUGCUGUGGGAAAAAUCUGCCUAAAGGCAGCAGUCGGAGCAAAGGCCACCUCGCCAAGACAUACAGGGACGACGUAGCUGACUCAGAUGAGGACGUCAGGUUCAGACGAGGGUGCGCGCCGCUCAGGAAGCAUCCGACCCACAGGAAGCCUCACUCAGGGCCCUCAAGGCAGCCUGCCAGGCCCUGGUAUAAAAGGAGCCCGUACAAAGACCCUGUGGACGCUCUCGACCCCGACCAGUGUCUCGAAGACAAGCCCGCCGAGGCGAUUGGUGGGGAGCUGCAGUGCAGAACCUGUCAGGACAAAUUCUGCAGAGACGAGCAGGGCGUGUCCGAGCAGGGCAAGUGGGCCGGCGGAGGCCUUCCCAGAAGACGGCAAGCAGCUCCUGCGCAGCGACUAGAGUCGACCGCUCCAAGAAAAUUGAUGCUGCACCAAAGGCCCCAAGAUGACUAUGACGACGGCCACGAUGAUGAUGACAAAGAGUUGCAGUCCUCUCACUGGGACAGAGGCUCCUCAGUGAGAGAACAGAGAUGAUUUCUCAAGACUACUGUUGAACUGCCCCCUUGAUGGUGUUAACAUUACACAAGGAUGUUUAUAUGUAUCUAGGGCACCAGGUGUUCUUGCACUGCACGUAAAGCCUGUUGUAGGCAAAAAAAAAAAAAACAA